CGUGAACCCGCUUUGACAAGAUCAGCAGAGCACGUGUAGUGACUGGAAAAAGAUAGGUCUGCACAUGCGCACAAUUAGCAGGGUCACUGAAUUCUAUGGGGAACCGAAUUUGAUACUACACCUGGUUACACAGGGAUCGCAGACUCAGCGUUUGAUUUAGCAGCCUGGUGCUUGUAGAUGCUUCAGAGAGUUGGUCUGCAGUUCAGUACAAAUAUUGGGGAAGCUGAGAAGACUGAGUUGAAAUGGUUUCGUUUGUUGGCUGAAAAGUCUGGGGGUUUCAGUGGCUCGCGGCCUUAAAUAACACUGAGUGCGGAAGAAUCUGAGAGGAAACUGACUUUCUUUAGCUGAGCAACAUUUAUGGUUUUUGAAUGAUCUUAUGGACGAAAGGUAAAAGACCGCCGGUGACUUUCCCCUGCUGCGUUCGGUGUGAACCGUGAUCUGCGGCGACUGCAGAGCGAUGCGCAUGGAGGUGGCAUGCGCGCCACGUCUGCUGAAGCUGAGCUCUUGUUUUACCUACACAAGCCUGCUGGACAGGUGAAAGAGAACCAUGGAGGACCGCAUGCGAUGGGCCAGGAUUCGAUGGCAGAGACUAGUAUCUGCUGAAACCAGUUACAGCAGAGAAGAUGCAUUUUCCUCCACAAGAUGCAGCACAACUUACCAGCCAUCCAAAAGUGGAGGCAAACACAGGACUGUAAUCCCCUGCCUUGCGCGGUUCAAGGAGGAGUACGAGAAAGUAUCAAAGUCUUACAUGAACAACAGCAUACGAACAACAAAGUACACACUCCUGAACUUCAUUCCUAUGAACUUGUUUGAACAGUUUCACAGGGCUGCCAACCUUUACUUUCUCUUCAUUGUGGUCCUCAACUGGGUCCCUCUGGUAGAAGCCUUUCAGAAAGAGAUUACAAUGAUUCCUCUGGUGGUGGUUUUAAUAAUCAUUUCCUUUAAAGAUGGGCUUGAAGACUACAGACGAUACAACUUUGAUAAGCAGAUAAACAACAUUAUUACCAAAGUAUACAGCAAGAAACACCACCAAUUUGUUGAUAAAUGCUGGAAGGAGGUCCAUGUUGGAGACUUCAUCCGACUCUCCUGCAAUGAGAUCAUUCCUGCAGACAUGGUUCUUCUCCACUCUUCUGAUCCAGAUAGUAUCUGUCACAUUGAAACUGCAAAUCUGGAUGGAGAGACCAAUCUUAAGCAAAGACAGGUAGUGAAAGGAUUUCCAGAGCAGGGCUUUGAAGUGAAUCCUGAAAAGUUUAACAGCAGAAUUGAAUGUGAAAGUCCCAACAAUGACCUGAAUCGGUUUAGAGGCUUCAUGGAACAUCCUAAUAAAGAACGCGUUGGCCUGUAUAAAGAGAACCUGUUGUUACGAGGGUGCACGAUAAGAAAUACAGAAGCUGUUGUUGGCAUUGUUGUCUAUGCUGGACAUGAGACCAAAGCGAUGCUUAACAACAGCGGGCCUCGUUACAAACGCAGCAAGAUGGAGAGGAGGCUGAAUGUUGAUGUCCUAUGGAGUGUUGUUCUACUUCUCCUGAUGUGCUUGACCACAGCUAUAGGACAUGGGAUAUGGUUGAACAGCUUUGCAGAUGACCCUCCAUUUGUUGUGCCAGAGCCUAAUGGGAACCAAACUCAUCCAACAUUGGCAGGCUUUUACAUGUUUUGGACAAUGAUCAUUGUGCUGCAGGUGUUAAUUCCAAUAUCCCUCUACGUGUCUAUUGAAAUAGUGAAACUUGGGCAGAUCAUUUUUAUUCAAAAUGACAUUGACCUGUACAAUAAAAAACUGGAUUUGUCCAUCCAGUGUAGAGCUCUCAAUAUCACAGAGGACCUCGGCCAGAUCCAGUACAUUUUCUCUGACAAAACCGGCACGCUCACAGAGAACAAGAUGGUUUUCCGCAGGUGCAGCAUAGCGGGCGUGGAGUAUUCUCAUGAUGACAAUGGAAAAAGGCUGGAGCUGUACCAGGAUGUUGACUCGGAUGAUGAGGAAUAUCAGACUGGAACUCUGAACGCCAAAUCAAAUCUGAAAGCGCAGAGCUGCAAGACACUGAGCAGGCCUCGGAGCUCUUCCCUGAACACCCGUAACAGCUGUCCAUCUCUACCUGUAGGAGAUGGGCAGACAGAUGCACACAGCCCUCGUCACAUAGCUUUCAGUAGCAGAAUGGAACAGAAUGUGGUGCCUGACCCUUGUCUCUUGAGGAAGUUCAGUCUGAUCUCCUCACCCUCCCUCAUGCUUGGUGAAUCUUCUGGAGGUGGCUCUCUAGAAACAAUGUACAUUGUGGACUUCUUUCUUGCUCUGGUAGUCUGCAAUACUGUUGUGGUGUCUUACCCUAACCAGCCAAGACAACAGACCCAAUUCCCAGACACUGUCCGAACGCCCCUGAAAUCCCUGGAAGAGAUGAAGCAGUUAUUCCAGAGGUUCUCUGUUCGUCACUUUAGCACUCCUUCCAUCCUAAAUGGCACGGACUCUCUGUCAGACAGUCCCAGCAGCUUUACAAGCAGACUUAAUAUUUUUAAAACCAGGACAAAAACACCCACUGAAGUCAAAGAAAAAGAAGAAAAGGCGUCUGGAUCUUCUCAAAAAGACAAGCCUAGUGAGAACCAGUCACCUUGUAAUACACAGUACCAGCCAGAGGCAAAGGAAGCUGCUGGCAGCAUUCCUUCUAGAAUUGAAUCUCCCGCUACGCAGCCCGGUGCUGGGGAACUGAUUUAUGAAGCAGAGAGCCCAGAUGAAGCUGCUUUAGUCCACGCUGCGAGAGCCUACAAAUGCACUUUACGAGCUCGGACCCCUGACCAGCUCACAGUCCAGCUAGCUGCUGUUGGAGACUUGAACUUUCAACUUCUGCACAUUUUGCCCUUUGACUCCGUGAGGAAGAGGAUGUCUGUAGUUGUCCGGCAUCCAGUCACCGGUCAAGUUGUUGUUUACUCAAAGGGUGCAGAUUCAGUUAUAAUGGAUCUUUUGGACAGCUCACCCAAAGAUGAUAUCCAAGAAAAAAUAUUAAGGAAAAUUAAAGAGCAAACACAAAAACAUUUAGAUGACUAUGCCAAGGAAGGACUACGCACGUUGUGUAUAGCCUAUAAGGUACUCAGUGACGCUGAAUAUGAAGAGUGGUUGAAACAUCAUUUCUUAGCAGAGACCAAUAUUGAUCACAGAGAAGAGCUUUUGCUGGAAUCUGCAGUUAAACUGGAAACCAACCUAAUAUUAUUGGGUGCCACUGGUAUAGUGGAUCGCCUCCAGGAAGGUGUUGCAGAGACCAUCGAAGCAUUGCAGAAAGCAGGGAUAAAGAUCUGGGUGCUGACUGGGGACAAACAAGAGACAGCCAUCAACAUUGCCUAUUCCUGUAAGCUGCUGAGUCCUCUUGAUAAGGUCUUCACUGUGAACUGCAAUAGCAAGGACUGCUGUGAGGCAUUGCUUAAUACACUUAUAAAAGAAAUCAGAGAAAGUGUCCCUGGGCCCAGUGGAGGGCCAGUGCCUGGCUUUAGCUUGGUGAUUGAUGGGAAGACACUGGAGUAUGCUUUGCACGAGAGCCUGGAGGAAACGUUCCUGGAACUAACCAAGCAGUGCCGAGCAGUCGUGUGUUGUAGAUCAACCCCACUGCAGAAGAGUCAAGUGGUCAAGCUAGUGCGAGACAAACUGGAUGUCUUGGCUCUUGCUAUAGGUGAUGGUGCCAAUGAUGUCAGCAUGAUCCAGGUUGCUGAUGUUGGAAUAGGAAUUUCAGGACAGGAAGGCAUGCAGGCUGUGAUGUCCAGUGACUUUGCCAUAUCAAGAUUUAAACAUUUAAGCAAGUUACUGCUUGUCCAUGGUCAUUGGUGUUACACAAGAUUAGCCAAUAUGGUUCUUUAUUUCUUCUAUAAAAAUGUUGCCUAUGUGAACCUGCUCUUCUGGUAUCAGUUCUUUUGCGGGUUUUCUGGGAACACGAUGACAAACUAUUGGAUUCUCAUUUUCUUUAACCUCCUCUUCACCUCGGCACCACCUAUAAUAUAUGGGAUCUUGGACAAAGAUAUUUCUGCUGAGACACUCACACAGCUGCCAGAGCUUUACAAAAGUGGUCAAAACUCUGAGGCCUACUUGUCAUCCACUUUCUGGUUGAUAAUGUUGGAUGCAUUUUAUCAAAGCCUUGUCUGCUUCUUCCUUCCAUAUUUUGUGUACGCAGAUUCUGAUAUCGAUGUCUUCUCUUUUGGAACGCCUAUAAACACAUCUGCUCUCUUAAUCAUUCUCCUCCAUCUUGUUUUAGAAAGUAAAACCUUGACUUGGAUACAUGCCGUUAUCCUGAUUGGAAGUGGACUAUUUUACUUUGUGUUUGCUCUGAUCUUCAGUGCCACUUGCGUAACCUGCAACUCUCCAGCCAACCCUAUCGGGAUCAUGGAGAAAUACAUGUCUGAUCCAGUCUUCUACUUGGUCUGUGUUCUGACUACCAUCGUAGCACUUUUGCCCAGGUUUGUGUAUCGCUGUGCUCAAAGCAUUUUUUUCCCCACACCCAUCUUGAAGGCUGCACAGUUUGAUAAAAUGACCCCAGAACAGCGCAGUCGUGAAAUGAAGGCCUGGAAAGAUUCCCAAGUCUGCGAUCUGUAUGGGCACACAAACCCCAUUGGGGCCAAUGCUACUGGUGACACCAUGCCUGUAAGAGAAUGCAGCUCACCAUUAACUGGCUGCACUGGACCUGCAAGUCAUGUAGUGAGAUCAGGAGCUUCACAAUGGUCCAAAUCAGACGGCAAAGACACAUCGGAACACACCAAAACACACCAAAACAAUACAGUGCCUGCCAGUGACAUGACCGGAACACCUGUUCUGCAGAGGUAUAGAUCGGUACCUGGGGCCUUGAAUUGUACAUAUGAUGAAGGAGAACAUGAAGGUGAAUCUUUCAAUAGGACGGAUCGUAGCUGCAGUGUGCAGGAAAUACUGCUUCAAGCCAACACUGCUGAAUCAACACCCUAGUUUAUGGAGUAGGCCAUUGGGUGAAAUUUCAUAUCCCUACAUACAGAAGUUCCACUUUACUGAAGAUUAAAUGAAAGAGUUGAAAUAGAAAUGAAGUAGCCAGUAGUGGCUGGCCCAUAUUGGCCUUUUUGUUUGCAAUCCUUAAGAUUUGCACAAAUACUGUUAAGCUUAAAUAGUACUGUAUGAUCCCAGAGGAGUGUUUACAGGACGCGUGCAAGCCUUAGAGCAAAGAAAAGAUAUGUGAUGAAGAUUUUUUUAAACGUUUUAUAACAGUUGCAGAAUACAGUUUUGAACAGCUUGUGUUGUUUUCUAGGUAUAUGGCCACCUUGUGUAGCUUCUUUUCAUUCUUUUUUUUAUGAUGUACCUCACAGGCUGAGAUCUAAGAAGUAGGAACAAAUAACUGAUGGUUUGGAACUUUUCUAUGCCAAAGAUAUUUAUGUAUAUGUAAGCACCAUUAUGUAGUAGGCAUUAUCACGUCAACUUGACUAAUUUUUGUUUUGCUUUUCUCAUCAGCGAUCAACAAUAAUCAACCUUCUCAAGUGAGACCCUGACUGGCUUGUAUUUGCCACGUCAGUGUUUUACUAGAAAAGCUGCACACGGAUAUGGCAAACUUGUCUUGGAAGGCUGGGCAUUACAUGUUUUUUUAGAUCAUGUUUUUUAAAAGUAUGUAUCUUUUAAAAAGCGUGUGUUUGUUUUUUUUUAAAUUUCCAAAUAUAAUUUAUUGAGAAAAUAAAGUGAAUACUCAUAGA